CGUGUUCGGUCGGUUCAGACGGUGUGCUUUUUGAUUAAUUGAAAUCCAAGCAGAUAGAACACAAUGGAAGUGGAUUGUGAUAAAAUUCGGUGGAAUAUACAACGUUUACGGGAUGAACUCCAUUGCUCUAAUGUGGAUCGGUUUUUAAGGUUAUCCAAAUUCACUUCUACGGACAUGGACGAGCUAGUGACUUUCUUAGGAGAACUACUGGAAGAUCCCACAUACACCACCGCCAUCGGAACAGGAUUUGGGGAUAUUUUGCUUUUGAUAGUGGCGAACGUAUUUCCCUGUAAUAACCCUGCGAUAGUACCAGCAAAGAAUGAGCAGUACAUUCGGAAAUGUGUAGCUCUAUCAAAACUUGUCGGUUUAAAUCCCAGCGUUUUGAGAUUCAGCGUACAAUACUUCCGGAACAAUCCAGCACCUUUCAGUCAGGAAGAGAACUACACCCCCAAGAAAAAAGUGAAAAAGUCAAUCCAUGCUCCUGUCAGCGAACUGGACAUUAUUCAGUGUUGCUAUCGAUUUUUGGUAGCCGACCCUAAUUAUUUCCGUCGGGCCUGGAAUUGGUCUGAAUUCUUGCAACUUUACAAGAGCGCUUCUUCCAGUCAGUGCAGCAGACAGCGUUUCUAUUUCAAUCGUAUUCUUGCUUUGAUCAGCUGUAUGACGCAAAGUGAGUUGAGCCAGCUAGAUAGGGAAAUCCAGAUGGAAGUGGAGAUUGAGGAGCAGAUGAGGACGGGUGACAGUUGGGUAGAUACUGAAAAAAAACCCGAAAGCGGAGAGAAAAAUCGAAUUUGGUGGAAUUUCCGCAGCGAUGUUGUGGUAAAUGUUGGCGAUGUGCUGUUGCCGAUUUUCGAUUCUUCAAAUUGUGAGUAUUAUCGAAAUCAGGAAAAGAUGAACGAUGAACUGGUUAUUGUCGACUCAACAAGAAUCAACGUUAGAAGUCUAGCGUUAGGGGUGUCUUCGGGUAAAGCGAUUUGCUUAUCGGGUCCAGUGGGUUGCGGCAAGACUUCGCUGGUAGAACAUUUAGCAUGCAAAACUGGUCGAAUCGCUCCUAAGACACGAGAUACAGAAUGUCCUGUAAACACCGUUUUGAAGGAAAAAGCACGAAAACGAAAAGCAAAUGGCAAGGAAGAACAGAUGAAUAAACUUAGCAUCGAUCAGGCUGCAUUGGAAAAGUUGAAGACUAGUACUCCCAAGAAUGGAUUCCUUCGAAUACAGUUAGGUGAUCAAACCGAUAGCAAGAUGUUGCUGGGCCAUUAUCGUUGUACCGAUACACCGGGUGAAUUUGUAUGGCAACCAGGUGUCCUUACACAGGCGGUCAUGAACGGUUAUUGGCUGCUUUUAGAAGACUUGGAUUCGGCAACACAAGAUGUAUGUACCGUUCUUACCAAUUUGCUGGAAAACAACUACUUGAGUGUGCCAGGCUUCCGAGAUUGUUUACAGAUAGAACCCGGCUUUCAAUUGUUCCUAACAUUGAGAACAAAUAAGUCUGGGACCUCGUCAGCGCAUAACGUCUACACUCUUUUGGAAAAAUACCUAUACACUAUCAAUCUUCUAUCACUUUCGCGACCAGAGCUGUGCUCAAUCAUCUGUACAAAUUUUCCGAAACUAAAACCCGUGGCCAGCCGCAUUGUCGACAUUUAUUUGACCUUCUCCAGUGGAUGUCAUGCUAUCACCAAUGACAGAAUCGAUGAGAGCAUCAGCAUUCUAACCAAUUCGGACAAUGGAAAAACAAACGGCCUGGAAACUGACGGAGACGAUCAUCUUCCCCGUUUUCAGUAUGAUCAUAUUUCGCUAACCUCGAUUCCAAGUUCUGGGCGCCUGGUUUCAACUCGUGAUUUGAUAAAACUUUGCCGACGCUCCAAUCCAACAUUUUCGGUUACAAGCUCCGAGUGUGCUUAUUUUGUGUUUCAAAACGCCGUGGAUAUAUUCUGUUCCCAUCUACCGGCAGGAGAAGCCCGACGUAAUCUUAUAGUGAGCAUCGGUGGCAAAAUCGGUAUCUCCAAAAGUCGUUGCGAACAUAUCUGCGACGAAUACAAACCCGAUUUAGAUGUUUCCAGUUCGAAGGAUAUAAAAAUCGGACGAGUUGUGCUGGACCGCGGACGCACGAAACAAGAAAUCGAGAACGAUGAAAACGACUACGAUUUUUCCCACAAGAAACUUCGCCUGGACAAAAACAGUUGCUCCAAAGUGCAAACACAGGAUUUUAAGCUGCAAAGUAAAGCUCCCACUUUUUCGUUUACGCGUCCAGCGUCCUGCUUGCUUGAGCGAAUUGCCGUCUCAGUUAGUCAACAGGAACCGAUUCUUCUAGUUGGAGAAACUGGAGUCGGUAAAACAAGCGCCAUUCAAUACUUGGCAUAUCAAACACACCACAAAUUGGUGGUUGUGAACAUGAACAAUCAAUCUGAUGUCUCUGAUUUGAUAGGCGGUUUUAAGCCAAUCGAUCUCAGUUAUGUUAUUACUCCACUACGCUACGAGUUUGAAUUUUUGUUUAAUCGAACUUUUAACGCGCAAAAGAACGAAAAAUUUCUUUCGAAUAUCAGCAUUUGCUACAACCGGGCUGAAUUCAACGUCCUCGUUAAACUUAUGCUGAAGAUCAUAGAAAAAGUCUUCCAGCGUAAAGAAGACGAACAGUUACGUUUGGAAAAGAUCUACGAAAAGUGGACCGUUCUGCAGCAAAAACUUCAAAAAUUAGACCAACAGCUGAAAAACUCCGUCAACGUGUCCUUCGCCUUCAUCCCCGGCUCUCUGGUCAACUGCAUCCGAAACGGCGACUGGGUGCUGCUGGACGAAAUCAAUCUGGCAUCAACAGAAACGCUCGAGUGCCUAUCGACCAUCCUGGAACCGGACGGUUCCAUCGUGCUGUUGGAACGGGGAGACUUCGUUCCGGUUCGACGCCAUCCGGACUUUCGAAUCUUUUCCUGUAUGAAUCCGAACACCGAUGUAGGCAAAAAGGACCUACCGGUAGGAAUCCGCAAUCGCUUUACCGAAUUCUUCGUCGACGAACUGACGGCUGAAAACGAUUUGCUAAUUUUGGUGAACGACUAUCUCAGCAGUUCCGGAAUUCAGAAGGUGCGUAUCCUGAAUACCGUCAAAUUGUACCGCCGUCUACGGUCGCUUUCGCAGCUGGAACUAAACGACGGUCUCGGCAAUAAACCCGUUUUCUCGCUGCGCACACUUUGCCGGGCUCUCAGUAUCUGUGCCAAGAACCUGUGCGGAUCGAUCGAACGAAACCUGUACGAGGCUUUCUGCCUGAGCUUCCUCACCCAGUUGGAUCUGAAAAGUCAUCGAACGGUGCUCACUUUCAUUCAGCGAACACUUCUGAACGAUGUGAAUCAAGCGAUUGCACAGCAGAUUCCUCGCCCUUCCGAAGGAGAACAGCUGAACUUUGAAGGAUAUUGGAUCGAACAAGGACCCAAGGAUGUGCAGCAAUGUGAAAAUUAUAUUCUAACCGAAAGCGUUCGAAAUAAUUUGCGAGAUUUGGCACGAAUCGUUUCAAUCGGAAAAUUACCAGUUCUAUUGCAAGGUCCAACAUCCGCCGGAAAGACCAGUUUGAUUGAAUACAUUGCCAAACGGAGUGGAAAUGUUUGUAUGAGAAUCAACAAUCACGAGCAUACUGAUCUGCAGGAAUAUAUUGGCACAUAUGUAGCAGACCUAACAGGGAAGCUGGUUUUCAAGGAAGGAGUACUUGUGGAAGCAAUGCGUAACGGUCACUGGAUCAUUCUAGACGAACUGAACUUAGCACCAAGUGAUAUCCUCGAAGCGCUGAAUCGUGUUUUGGAUGACAAUCGGGAGUUGUUCAUCCCGGAAACCCAAAUGGUCGUAAAAGCUCAUCCAAAUUUCAUGCUCUUUGCUACCCAGAACCCUCCAGGUCUGUACGGCGGACGGAAACAACUCUCUCGAGCCUUCAAAAAUCGUUUCAUCGAGUUGCAUUUCUCUGAGAUACCUCGCGCUGAACUAGAAAUUAUUUUGGAAAAGCGUUGUCUGAUUCCGAAAUCGUACUCGCAAAAGAUGGUGAAGGUUAUGUCCGAACUUCAGGCAAACCGGAGAAGUACGGCCAAACAAAACUUCACUCUGAGAGAUUUAUUCCGAUGGGGAAAUCGCUAUACCUUUGCCAAUAAAAGCCUGCUCGAAGAUAGCAGUUACGAUUGGAAUCAACAUUUGAUUGACGAAGGUUAUUUGGUGCUGUCUUCGAAAGUGCGAAGUUUGUACGAAACCAACAUUAUUCAAGAUGCACUGUAUACACAUUUUCGUAAACGGAUUUCCGAGGACAAUUUAUUCACAUUGAAAGGAAAAGAAACGUCGAUGGUCACAAAGCCAAUUCUAGAGCAACUGUUAAAACAAACCGCUCACGGUAACAUAGUUUGGACAUUUGAUAUGCGGCGAAUGGCCGUGCUGGUAGCCAAAGCAUUGGAGUUCAAUGAACCUGUUUUGCUGGUGGGGCCAACUGGGUGCGGCAAGACAACUAUUUGCCAGAUUCUAUCCUCCGUUCGGGGUACUACUUUACGAAUCUUGAACUGUCACAUGCACACUGAAGGUGCGGAUUUCCUAGGGGGUCUGCGUCCUUUCCGAAAGAGCGAUGUUCCCGAUGAGCAACAGUCCUCAAAUCAGCUAUUCGAAUGGUCCGAUGGGCCACUUGUGCUCUCCAUGCAGGAAGGUGGAUUUUUCCUAGCUGAUGAAAUAUCACUGGCCGAAGAUUCGGUACUGGAGCGGCUUAACUGUGUCCUCGAACCCGAAAGAACUUUGUUAUUAGCCGAAAAAGGCGGUGUUUCUACCGAAGGGUCUGAGUUUGUAAUCACGGCAACAGAAGGCUUUCAAUUUUUGGCAACGAUGAAUCCAGGAGGAGAUUUCGGUAAAAAAGAACUAUCACCUGCGUUGAGAAAUCGUUUAACAGAAAUCUGGUGUCGGCCGACUGAUUCCAAAGAGGAUUUAAUACGAAUAGCUGAACAUUCUCUACGGCAAGGGCUAGGCAAACAGCACAAUGUUUCUAAAUUAGCACAAGUCAUCAUAGAUGUAGUAUUUUUGUUAAAAUCUAAAGUCGACAAGUUGAACUUUAGCAUACGAGAUGUGCUAGCUUGGGUUACUUUCAUCUGUAAGAACAGCAGCAACAUUUCUUUGGCUGAAUCACUGAUCUACGGAUUGGAGACCGUAUUUUUAGAUGCUCUGGAGCUACUACCGUACGAAACACUUGAUGAAAUAGUUGUUUUGCGCAAGGAUAUAUUGUCUGCUUUAAAAUUGUUGAUCAAAACUCAUUUGGCCAUCGAUAAUUACAGCCUUAGCAAAGGAACCUCUGUAGAGUUCUCAAAGGAUAAAUUCGGUAUUGUACCGUUUUAUAUUGAAACCAACUCCAAACGACGCAGUCAAAAAACGGAAUUCAUGUUCAGUGCACCGACUACGCAAAACAAUCUUUUUCGGCUGUUAUCGGCUUUGAGUCUCGAUAAGGCGAUCCUGCUUGAAGGACCACCCGGAGUCGGGAAAACAUCUUUGGUAGAAAACCUUGCUAAAGCUACCGGUUAUGAUAUAGUACGGAUCAACCUUUGCGAACACACCGAUUUGGCCGAUCUUUUCGGAACAGAUCUUCCUGCAGAUGAGCAGUUCUUGGAGGAAAAAGAAUCACCAAACAGUCAGCUAGGUUCGUUCGUCUGGCGCGAUGGCCCUCUGCUGGCAGCAUUGAAAGCUAAAAACACCUGGAUAUUGCUAGAUGAACUGAAUUUGGCACCUCAGAGUGUAUUGGAAGGUUUGAAUGCCAUUCUGGAUCAUAGAGGUGAAGUGUAUAUUGCCGAAUUGAACAAAACUUUCAAACUGGGGCAACAGACUCGGAUCUUCGCAGCACAAAAUCCUCUGAGACAAGGCGGUGGUCGGAAAGGUUUGCCGCAGUCUUUCCUGAAUCGUUUUACUAAGGUUUAUUUGAGAAAACUGGAACGAUCAGACCUGUUACAUGUUGUAAAUGGAAAAUACAAUCAGCAGUUUGAACGCUUGGGUCGUGAGCUAAUUCAAGAUUUGGGAAGGAAAUUUGGCAAAGAUAUAAGUUACUUCGAAGCUCUUGGUUCAUCGGAAGAUGCGUCAAUUAAAUUUGAUCUGGCAGAAAAUAUGGUAAAAUUUUCUGAGCAUUUGGAACAAGGCAUCGCAAAUUUGGAAUUUGGCUACAAAGGAGGACCGUUUGAAGCUAACCUUCGGGAUAUUCUACGCUGGUGUGAUCUUCUUUUUAACGAACAAACAGGUUUUCUGAGAAAACGUUACUCUUCCUUUGAUGAAAGUUAUACAUCUUUUGUUCAGGUUCUAUUCGAAAAAAUGAAACUAGUCUACUAUCAGCGCAUGAGAGCCGAUUUGGAUAAAAACUACAUUCUGACAUUAUUCAGUAAAGUGUUCUCCUGUGACGCAUUUGAGUUAGAGCAGAUUUCCAACGAUGUUGGAUUUUACUGGACUGACGAUAAACUCUACCUGGCGGAUCUCGUUCUGGACAAAGCCAAUACCUGUUCCAAAUUAAAUCCACUAAAAACUCACCAAAACUUCCCGAUACUGUUACAAUGCCAGGUGGAGUCGCUGAAGAAUCUUAUCGAAUGCGUCCAACUAGAAAAGCCGGUAAUUCUGUGCGGCCCAAGUGAUUGUGGCAAAACCAAACUUAUCCAUCUGAUGACCACACUGACGAAUCGUUUUUGUAAUGUGGAUACCAUAGAUGAUUCCGUUACCGGCAGUUUCCAACAAUUCGAUUUCAAUCGUCAUCUGGAAGAGGUUUCGUCGUUGGUAGAAACCGUGGUUAUGAAUGGCGUGAAGACGAUGACACUAGAUGGGACGUGGAACAUCAGCAUGAUUCGGUUACUGGCCGUUUGGGAAAAGUAUGUGCUGCUGAAUGAAGGGAAAACCGCAUUUGCCGCUAGCAAUCUACAAUCGGAAGAGAUUGUGCUGUUCCGUAAACGUCUGGAAGCUUUGCAAAACGUAGUGGCCGUGCUACACAAACAACCGGAUAUAGCAACGAAGGACGAGACCAAUCUGCGAACAAUUUCCACCGUACUAGCAGUUUUGUCCAAGAUGUCACAACAAGUUGAAAUUCUCAACACUGGCGGUCACUUCGAAUGGGUCGAUUCCAAGAUCGUAAAGUCGCUCAAGCAUGGUCAGUACAUUUGUUUGGAACACGUGAAUCUGUGCUCAUCGGCAAUAUUGGACCGUUUGAAUCCUGUUUUUGAACCGGACGGCGCAUUAUUGAUUUCGGAAAAAGGAGUUGAUAGCAGCAGCGAAUCGGAACUCAUUCGAAAACAUUCCGGUUUUCGAGCAUUCCUUACCCUUGAUCCCAAGAAUGGUGAAAUCUCUAGAGCCAUGCGCAAUCGUUGCGUAGAACUAGCCUUCCACAAGGAACCCUAUGGGCUCGACGAUCUGAGGCUGCUGAUUUUCAAUGCAGGGGUCAAAGAUGUUUGGAUAAUGAACACGAUUUUAGCUAUCCAUAGUGCAGUAAAGAAAAUUUCAGAGUUCAAUCAGUUCGGAGUAGCGCAUAUAGUCAAGCUUGCCUACCUUGUCAAUCAAAAUCUCCAAAUGGGAGUCACUGCCGCAAAAAGUCUUACUAUCAGCGCUCUAGAAGCGUAUGUCCGGUCUUCAAAUGUCGACCUAACCGGGUUCGGAAUUGAGUUCUACAGAAAUGCGUUGCUCAGUGCUAUCAAAGAAGAAAUCGACAAGUCGUUCAAAAUCCCCAACCUAGUAGAUUUUGAGAACGUUGUGUUAAAGUCUAAUAAUUUGACGGGCCUUCAAUUGAUUAAAUUGCAAGCUGAACCUCUGCUAUGUAUUCUGAGGUGCCAUCUGAGUGGUUUCGAAGAUCAGAAUAAGGCGUUAUCUGGCAUAAGCUACUUAUUUGAGGAAAAGGCGGUAAUUACUCUGGAAAAUAUCAAGUAUUUGAUGUAUUUAUUGUACGAAAUAUGUACUUUUGAAGAUGCAAGCAAGCGUCAAAUGUACUUAAGAAAAUCGCUUCAAAAUUUUUCUGAUUCAAACACGGGCCCUAUCAGCGUUAUGCUCCAAGAUCUGUUGAAUUUGAAUGAUGCACUCUGUGAUACGGUCACCAAGUUCUCCAACGAAAAAGAUUCUCUUCCUUGGAAUCGCACCAUGUUCCCCAGAAUUCGAGACUACCCGAAUGAUUGCGAUUUACUGCAACAUUGUUUGAGCGCAUCUCUUUUAUUACAAACCGUUCUGAAACCAAUCGAGGUAGGAAAUGUUACCAAAUUGAGUAAAAUCGACCUUUUAGCGUACUCCAAAGCUGUUUCGAUGCAACUGAUUACCGAUACUGUUGGAAACGCUCUCGUCACGCAACUGUACGGCUUUCUUUCCGAAUUUAAAUCACAAGUUGAAACUGCUUUAAAAAUGAAAAAUAUUUUAGACGAAUCAACUUACACGAAACUCAUAGGAUCAUACCUCUGGAUCAAUCGAAUGAUCGAUCUGUCUCGUAAGAACUUGUUCGUAAGCAAAGAAAUCAACUCCAAGCUGAUCGACUACGUUACUUUGCACUUCCAAUGGAUUCGGAAGCAUUGCUUGAGUCUUCUAGCAAACACUAUUUCAUUCCGAGACCUGAAUGAAACACUAGGACAAUCACUCAAAAGUGUUACUCAUCCGUUGACACCUUUUAGAAAGAUAUAUGCUAAGAAGUUCACAAACUUCAAUCCGUUUUACACUGAAAUCCAGAUCCAACACCAUCAACUUCGAGAAGAGUUCAACGAAUUGAUCCGUUUGAUUCCCACUUUGCUGGGACUGUACGAUUAUGAAGAGUUCAUUCGACGUGUUAAUUUAUUGAACCAUCCGAAGAUACAAGACUUGAUUCGUGCACAGGUCGCUGCGCUUGGCAAAAGUUCAUCUUUUCAAAUCGAAACUACUACACCACUUACCUGUUUCGAGAGGCCAGAAUGUAGGAACUUAUUGUCGCUGAUUCAAAGUUUCAAGGAGCACGAACAGAACAAUGAAAACGUGGACUUACAUCGUGCUUCUGAACAAUUAACCCACAUGUACAAGGUUUCAAAUGAAUUGGAAAUUCCUGAGGAAAAUGCUUACGCUCCUUACAAGUUUGCCCUCGAAAUGUUCCCUGUACAGGAAUAUUUCUUGCUGAAACUGAUCUUUGGUAAAUCUGGGCCCAACUAUGAUUUUAUUGCCAACACAAGGUCACUGAAUAUUAACGUAUUGGAGCUUCUGAACAAUUUAAACACAAUCGAAUACAAGAAGUUUAUUGAAAUGAGUGAUGUGCUGUAUGAUCUAGUACUGUCAGAUCAUAAUCUGUUGAACAACCUUCCUCAAGGGUUUUAUCGAAGUCUAUCGACUCACCAGCAUCUGUUGAAUAAAAAACUCCUCAAUUUUCAAAUGCAGUCCCUCGCUAUCAACAGUAAUGUUUGUUACCACAAUGAGACCGAAUCCAGCUACAAACAGCAUGAAGAGCAACUUUCCAACCAAUCCAUCCAUGGCGCUGUUCUGACCAACAACUGUUUAUCUAUUUUGUUAACCCCAAGCGGUGAAAUACGUAGCACCGGCUUGGGAGAACUACCAGUUUGGCGCCGUACACUACAGCAGCUGCGAGAAGCUAUUUGGUUUAACGCAGGAAUACAACAGAAGCGUUUUGACCAACAAUCGUCUGGCUUGAAUAAAGCUGUUCAACAGGCCCGAGUACUACUUCUCGAGAUAAGCACAAUCCAGGACGCGAUGCAGUGUUCAACAGAAAAAGCCGUUACAGAUUUUGUACGUCUAACAAGUGAGCUGAGAACAACGGUUGACGAUUGUAAACAAUUUUUUUCGGAGCACAGCUACGACGAUCUUUGUUCCAGUGCGAAUCGUAAUCGCCAGUGGCGUUUCGGAGCGCUUAUCCAAAGUUUGUGUGGAGCCAUCAGACUAAAUUUACAAAUUCACACACCUCUCCUGGAUCCGGUUGAAAAAAAUAAGCUCAAAAAAGAGUACAAUAACGAGGACAUUCAAUACUACAGCACCCUCAAUCAAGCGUACGAAUAUAUGUCAAUUACUAUGAACUACAAACGAUUAGGAAAACAGCCUAGGGAUUUGAUAAACGGACAUUUGCAUAAUUUGAACACUAAACAACAAAAACUCUGUCGGAAGGUGGCUUUGCGCCCGGUGGAAAAUAACUAUACGGAACUAGCCAAAGAUGUUAGCAAUUUUCUUACAUCUUGCUGCUAUCCUGGUACGGUGCUAGAACUAAUAAGAAAUGCAAACGAAUGCUUGGACUUUGAGGUUGACACCAAAAACCCCGUCAAGAAUUGCACCCAAUCUAAACAUUUCCAAAUGCGUAUCAACGAGACCAUCAAGCAAAUAGAGCUUUGGAUAAAUAUUUCCGAUAAGUUCGAGCACCACACAUUAAAGCGAUACGCAGCUUAUUAUCAAGAUGUCCUCGAACCAACACGCUGUUCGAUCGCUAUCUUCCGAUAUGGCCUCUGCAAUCUUAAACACUGUCUGCUAUCCAAACGCGAUUCCAUAGCUAUAAAAAGCAACGGAGUUUUUUACGAUUUAACAGAACGUGACGCGUUACCCAAAAUACUGGAGAAAUUUGUCCAAUUUCCGGUCGUUAAGUCCUUGGAACUCUUUGACGAAGAAUCGUCUGGUCACAAAGUCAACAUAUUCUCGCUGUUUGAAAAAAUCGAGCAUGGCGAAAGUAAUUAUUUCCGUUUGCUCAAAGCCAAGCUACAGGACGUGAAAAACUCAAUCACUCUUCAAGGUGCAAUCGACGAACAGGAUUUCACCGAUAUCGACAAGAUUGUGAACAUUUGCAACCAGGUUUGGCAAAAGCAGGAGCACCAACGAAGAAAGAAACAAGCCGAAGAUGAUAGUUUGUAUCAAACUAAAAAUCACUGCGAAGAGGAAGAUCAAGAGGUUAUUGAUAAACGAGAAAUCGGAGAUAUGUUCCCGAACUAUGUGGAUGAAGAUUUUGCCGAUUUCAUUCAGAACGACACACUCGAACAGGUGAUAAAGAUCGACAAGGUUAAACGGAAUCAAAAAUUCGCUGAAACUAUUACCAAUGAAGAUUACACUCUUAUAUGCGAAAGUUUUAUCUACCUUAUGAACCGAUUUUCCAAGUCGUAUUACUACAAUCCAGAAACCGUUGCUAAUCAGGUGGACAUAAUUCCGGUAGAUUACGUCACACCCUUCCAAACGAAAGUUUCGAUCUUUGCUCAAAUAAUGCAAAAAUUCAAAACUGUAAUCAACAGUCGAAUGGAUGAAAGUAUUUACCCUGGGUUGAGCUUCCUCAUCGGUUUGAUUCAAAACCGGUACGAUUGUUUAGAUUUGAAGCGUGAAGUGACCGGCAAGUAUAAUUUCUACAAGGAUUCAAACAUAGCUGAAGUAGUUCAGUGUGUAGAAGUACUUCAAAAGGUUGAAAAACGUACAAGAGAACUACUUCAAGAAUGGCCCGAUCACGCUGUCCUGAAGGAUAUUAUCGGAAUAUUGAACCGCAUCUAUGCUCUACCUUCAACAGCCCCCAUCGUACGAUUCAGCACGGGUUUGCAACUUCUACGAGCUAAAAUGGACGAGUGGAAUGUAGUUGCUCAUCGAUUGAACAAUUUGAGGGAGUUGGAAGCAGACAUAGUUGAAUUUGUCCAUCGAUGGAUGCGCAUGGAGUUACAGUUUUGGAGGGAAUGUAUUUCCCAAACUCACGACAACGUUAGAUCGAAAGCUUACCGCUAUUGGUUUUUCAUGUACAACCUGAUGCACGAGUAUCUACAAAGUGAUUCGAAAGCUAAGCUUGGUCAUUUGUUGGAUUAUCGUAAAGUCGAGCGUCGUUUCGGUGAAGAAGAAAUGUUGGAAGAAGAAGAAACACCAGAAGAGGGUACAGUAAAAAUCGAGGAUUUGAUUCACGUUCUAAAACAGUUUAUGGAAUCAUCAAACUAUGCCGAAUUCACAACUCGUCUUCGCAUCUUCAAAGCGUUCGAACAAUAUCUUCUGCUACUAAACUAUGAAAACAACAAGAAAAGAGAUUCGUUGGUGGCAAUUUUGUUCAAUUUGCACUUGUAUUACGAUCAGUUUUCGGCGGAAAUUGAGGAAUUCAUUCGAGACAAACGAGGCCCGAUCGAGAAGAAGCUGAAAGAAUUUGUCAAAAUAGAAUCCUUCAACAAAGAUUUGUCCUACUUCAGCAUGCGUAAUAACAUCGCUCGAGUGCAUAGACAUUUGCACAAAUUCCUCAAAGAAUUCGAGACAGAACUUAAAGAAAAAGUCUUGCCAGUGUUCACCCCAAAGAAUCCGUCAACAGAAAUAGCAUCAGCCGAUGAGCAAAAAAUAAAAAAUCUCCGAUCAGAGCCCAAAGUAACUUACUAUAUGGUGGAUGUGAAGAAUUUCAUGGCAUCUUUGAAACUUAAGGAGAAGUAUACGGUUUCAAACGUCCCCUUGGCGUCCGCGUCUGGACAAGAUCUGUUGACUAAGAUCGAUCGGUAUUUCAUCACAUCCCGGAACGUGGUCAAAGACGCUAUCCUACAUGCUCCCUACCCAGGUUUGAUCUACAAUUUAGACACUUUCGUGCACGAACAGAUAGAAACGAUCGAAUAUCUUCGUGGAUUGGAAGUCGAUCGGAGUCUUCCAAAGCCCAAGCAGAAAUCUCAAGCCAAACAAAUAUUGAACCAGAAACGUAAGGCCUUAGCCGAUUUCUACAAGAGCCUAACACAGUUGGGACUGAGCUAUCGUAGUGGAAUCGUUCAGAACAGCAUCGAUAACGAUUUCGUCGACUUAGCCAUUCAUCCGUUUUCGGUCGAUUUGCUCACGUCGACCAACAAGUAUCGUAAAGUUGAUCAGCAUAUCGUCUUCCUCAAUGAUAAACUCAACUUGCACUACUCUAAGUGCGUGUUCAAGAUAAAAAUGUUGUUGAAAGUCAUGCUACAGCCUAAUCCGGAUGUUGGAUUGAUUAACAUCGAUCGAAUUAAAGGUUUUGCGGUGGAUAUGUUUCUGUUGGUGCAGAACCAGCGCAAAGAGUUGGGUAAAUCGAUCCUUAGCAUAGGCAAACUGCGCGACCAAAUAGUAGAUCUGACACAGUUGAACGAAUGCCUGGAGUCAAAGGUGCGGACAUUCGAAUUUGAACAUUCCAGAAGAAAGCUCAGAAUGGUUCGUAAAUGUGUGAUCAAGACUGCUGAAGUACUGACUCAGUUUAGUUUGCUUAUCAAAUGUUCGCCCCUGGAAACUCGUAAAGAACUGCAGGUUUUGAGAGAAGAAAAAGGUCUUUCUCAGAAAGAACUUGAAACUACCUCUCAGCUUGUACAGGAAGGGCUUCAAAUGGCUACCAAGCUGGUUGGUGAUAUGAAAGUGACCGACAACUACAUCCCCGGAGAUUUCAUUAAAACCGUAGCUGUGGAAUUCCGAGUCCUUCAAGAGUUGUUGAACAAAAUUUGUGAUCAGCUGAAGAUUCAAAAUGGUGAAGAAUAUAACGUUUAUGCUCGGCCACUACUUGACCUGCUCAAAUUGAUUCGCGAAUGUUCUAGAGAUUCUAGAAAUACUACCAUAACGGCCCACGAUUUCGACGAAGAAAGCAUGAAUAAUGAAUUAGAAAACAUUAUUCAUUUAAUUCUUAUAGCAAUGCAACAGAUUUACAAAAAGUAUUCCGAUGUACAGAAUUCCAAUCAACAGUCUGACGAGGCUGUCACUGCGCAAAACGAUAAGGAAGAAAGCGCGAACGAAACAGAAUCGUCGUUGGAAGAUCGCCACAUAAAGGAAAAGAUCGAUUCAGAUUUGGUUCACGACUUGAAAACGUUGAACGUAACAAAAGUAGUUGAAAAACUAGGAAAUCUUUUUGAAAUUCUAGAGAAUACGCACGAUUCCAACAGUUGUGCUUCCCUUCUACAUAGGCUAACCCGGCUGAUUCCUAUCCUAGAGCAGUUUAAUCUUUUGGUUGAAUAUUACCUGAUCCAACAGUUGGGAGCACAUAAGAUCUGCACCCGGAUGCUCUCGGUGAUGUUGACAGUAUUUAUCGAAUUGGGCACCAAAGGGUUCUGUGUGCCGAAAGAUAUCAUGGAUGAUGAGCAGGAACAGGGUGGUGAACAGCAGGAGGGCAAUCAAGAAGGCUCAAAGUUUGGUUUCGAAGACGGAGAAGGCGAGAAGGAUGUUUCCAAUAAAAUCGAAAGUGAAGACCAGCUAGAGGACGCGAAGAAACCCGAUCAGGAUGAAAACAAAGAGGAAGAGGAGAAGGAUAACAAGGAAGAGAAAGGUAUCGACAUGAGUGAAGAUUUCGAUUCCAAACUUCAAGACGUCGAUAAACCGGAAGAUGAGGAGUCUGAUGAAGAGAAAAAUGAUGAAAACGAAGAUAUCGAUAAACAAAUGGGAGAAACAGAGGAAGGAGCAGAGAAAUUGGACGACCAAAUAUGGGGUGAUGAUGAGGAAAAAGAGCAAGAUGAAAAGGAAAACGAUAUGGAGGAAGAAGAUGGCAAGGGAUCGGGAGAAUCAGAUGAUACGCAUAAUAACUUAGAUUCGGAAAAAGAUAAAGCCCCUGGAGAGGAAGAUGAAGGUUUAGACGCAAUCGAUCAAGCAAAAGAUGAACGAAGAAAAGAAAAACCCAAAGAUAUUGAAGAUAUGAACAAUCAAGAAGGAGAGGAAGAUCAAGAAAAUCCACACCACAACGAGUUGGAAGAACCACCUCAACCAGAUGAUUUAGAUUUGGAUGAAGAAUUUAAUUUAGAUAAGGAAAAUCGCCCCGAUAAUGAAACGAAUGAAGAAGAUAAAGAAAAUCAAGAAAAUCCAUUCGAUAUUGACAAUAUGAAAGACGGUGUGGACGAUCAAAACGAGGAAAAUGAUGAAGACAAAACCUUGGAAAGCGAGGAGAAAAAACAGGAGGAAAAUCAGGAUUUAUCUGACGAAGAGGAAACCAAUCCAGAAGGUGGAGAAAAAUUAGACGAAGACAAUCAAAACGAAGAUGAAACUGAGCCACAAGAUGAAGAAAGCACGCAAAUACCGGACGAAAUCAAAGAACAGGAACAGGCAGCUGAACAAGAGGAAGGUGAAAAGAAACCACCCAAUUAUGAAAAACAUCAAGAAUCAAAAGAUAAACGAUCGGAGGAGGAUAAGAUAGAGGCGAUGCUGGAAACGCAAAACAAAGGUACCAGUGAUCAGGUGGCGAACGAAAAACCAGAGUCCAAACAGGAGAAUGAGCUAGAUGAACAAGACACUGGCGAAGAUAAAGAAGGCGUUGGGCAGGCUGAGAAUGAGAAAUCGGACAGCGGACAUCAAGGCAUUGCAGAGUCGAAAGAAACUCGGGCUAAGGAAGAUAUGAACAAGCAGAAACAAAAACAAGAACGCCGUCGACAGGGCAAUACCGACGAAGACAGAACGCUUGGUGACCCUGAGGACGCCGAGAAGAAGCGGCUAAAAACUCUGGAUGAAAUAAAUCGUAAGGAGAGUACUGUUGAGGACCCAGAGGAAGAAAAGCAAUCGGAGGAAUACCAACACGUCAAAGAUGCUAAAAGUUCGGACAAAACAACUCUGGACAAUGCCACUGAAGAACAGUCGAAGAAAGUUCAACAUAAGGAUCAGAAUGAAGAAUCGGAAAAUCCAGAGGACGAACCGGAAAACGCAGAGGAAUUAAUGGAUGUAGAUGAAACGAAAGAAGAAUUAGAAGCUGCAAACACAGAGCUACAGGAGAGCGAGAAGACUGAACAAAAGAAAAAUAAAGCCUCCAAAAAGGAUGAAGAUCAACAGGAGAAAGUUGAAAGUCUAGAGAACGUUGAAGUCGAGGGAGAAACUGUUCAAACCAGCGAUGUGCCGAGAGGAGCAGAGACAACAGCUCACACGAGCAUGGAUAUCCUGAGCGAUUUAUCCGUCCCAGAGGAACCAACCACGGCAGAAGCACUGGAACUACGAAAGCUUGUUGAGAAAGAAUCGACAGCAGUUAACUCUGUUCAACCGGCUCACGAAGAUUUCGAUCAAUGGCAGCAUAUUUCUAACAAAAUGCUUCCCAAUGCGAGAGAACUGUGCGAACAACUUCGUCUUAUAUUGGAACCCACGAAAUGUACCCGACUCAAGGGUGACUACCGAACCGGUCGUCGAAUCAAUAUGAAGAAAAUCAUUCCCUACAUCGCUUCGCAAUUUCGAAAAGACAAGAUUUGGCUACGUAGAACAAAAGCCGCCCAACGGGACUACAAAAUCACGAUUGCCAUAGAUGAUUCGAAGUCCAUGGACCACAACAACUCGAAAGACCUUACGCUACAGGCCAUCUCUCUGGUUUCCCAAGCCCUAACACUGCUGGAAAGUGGAAGGUUAAAUGUGAUGUCUUUCGGAGAAUCGCCCCGAAUCCUCCUUAAACAUUCAGAGCAAUUCGACGGGGCUAAGCUAAUGAGUUCGCUGAACUUCGAACAGAACCAAAGCAGAAUUGCCGAUCUGUUGGAUUUCAUUCGGACGUUCAACUCGGAGGAUGCGGCCUCCUCCGAUAAUGGCAUCUUCGAGAAUCUACUACUGAUCAUCAGCGAUGGACGAAACAUUUUCAGCGAAGGCGAGAAGAAGGUGAAAAACUCGGUCAAAUUGGCUCGUCUUCAAAGGAUUUUCAUCGUUUAUGUCAUAAUCGACAAUCCAGAAAAUAAGCAUUCGAUUAUGGACAUCCGGGUGCCACUGUUUACGGCCGAUCGGAACGAAAUCGUAAUGCAGUCCUACCUAGAUGUGUUCCCCUUCCCGUACUACGUGAUUGUUCGGGAUUUGGGACAGUUGCCACUGGUGCUGAGCGAUGCCAUGCGUCAGUGGUUCGAGCUGGUCAACGGUGAACAGUAGUAGUUUGUGAUUCCAUGAACGCUGUCGGGGUACCAUUAUUGCUUCUAAGGAAGUGUUAUAUGUAAAAAACUAUAGGUUUAAUGAUACAAAUUAAAAUAUUAACUUCUUUUUCCAAGUCGUCCAUUUGGUCCUGGUUGUAAAAUAAGAUACAAAUACAACAUGGUAGAUUAUUUUCAUUAAAGUUGUUAAAAAUUUUAUGCAUAAA